AUGGAGGGGCUGAAGGAAACUGAGAACGGCACCUCCGGGAAAGCUCUGUGCCCUCUCGUGGAAAGCUAUAAAUACAUCUUGUUACCCCUUACUUACAGCUCCGUCUUCGUGCUGGGGCUGCUCCUCAACGGAGCCAUGCUGUGGCUCAGCUGCUGCCGCGCCAAGGGCUGGACCUGCACCACCAUCUACCUGGUGAACCUGGCUGUGGCGGACCUGCUCUACCUCUUCUCUUUGCCCUUGCUCAUCAUCAACUACAUCCUGCACGACACGUGGCCUUUCGGAGAGCUGCUCUGCAAACUGGUACGUUUCUUGUUUUACACCAACCUGUACGGCAGCAUCCUGCUGCUGACUUGCAUCAGCGUCCACCGCUUUCUAGGCGUUUGCUAUCCCAUCCGCUCCCUACCCUACCGGACCCGGCGCCUGGCUGCUGCCGGCGCAGCUACGUCCUGGGCACUGGUGUUCCUGCAGCUCCUGCCCACCUCCAUCUACGCUCGCACCGGCGUUAUCAAUAACCACACCGUCUGCUACGACAUGACGAGCCCCGAGAACCUCAGCAGCUACUACCCCUACGGCAUGGCUCUAACCGCAUCUGGUUUCCUCUUUCCUUUCCUCAUCAUUUUAGUCUGCUAUUGUCUGAUGAUCAGAAGCCUCACCCAACACACUGGAGACACCAAUCCCACCAGCAGUGCUGCCCGAGCCAAGUCGAUCCGAACCAUUCUCCUCGUCUGUGGGCUUUUUGCUGUCUGUGUACUGCCAUUUCACAUCACCCGCAGCAUCUACCUCUUCAUUCGUGUGUACCGGGUAGCUGACUGCCAGCUUCUACAGCGCUGGAGUUUGCUUUACAAGAUCUGGAGGCCACUGGUGAGCCUCAACAGCUGCAUCAACCCCCUCCUCUACUUUCUUUCUGGUCAAACUAACAGAGCCAGGCUCGCUUUGGAGCUGAGACUGCCCAAGGCAGGUCCUCUUGCCAGGCCUGCCGUGAACGCAGAGGGGACAGACGCCCCAGCAAGACUUAGCCCUUGCUGA